GCCUAACCGGCCGGAAGGGCGCGCCCUCCUCCUACUUCCCUCGAUUGUGGGUAUGCGGGGAUGGCGGCGGCAGCAGUGGUUUCGGGAGGCAGCGGCCCCAGCACGGACACCCGGCUGAACCAGGAGACGACCCAGUGGCUGCGAUGGGACAAGAAUCCUUUAACUUUAGAGUUAGUGAAACAACUAGUUGCGGAAGAUAAUAAAGAAGAACUACAAAAAUGUUUUGGGGCCCGAAUGGAGUUUGGGACAGCUGGCCUUCGAGCUGCUAUGGGAGCAGGAGUUUCUCGUAUGAACGACUUGACCAUCAUCCAGACUACACAGGGAUUUUGCAGAUACCUGGAAAAACAGUUCAGCGACCUGAAGCAAAGAGGCGUAGUGAUCAGCUUUGAUGCCCGUGCUCACCCAGCAAGUGGAGGCAGCAGCAGAAGGUUUGCCCGACUUGCUGCAACCACGUUUAUCAGUCAGGGGGUUCCUGUCUACCUCUUUUCUAAUAUCACCCCAACCCCCUUUGUGCCAUACACAGUAUCACACUUGAAACUUUGUGCUGGAAUCAUGAUAACUGCCUCACAUAAUCCGAAGCAGGAUAAUGGUUAUAAGGUCUAUUGGGAUAAUGGAGCUCAGAUCAUCUCUCCUCAUGAUAAAGGAAUUUCUCAAGCUAUUGAAGAAAAUCUGGAGCCAUGGCCCAAAGCUUGGGAUGAUUCUUUAAUAGAUGGCAAUUUGCUUCUUCAUAACCCAAGUGUUUCCAUCAAUAAAGACUACUUUGAAGACCUUAAAAAAUACUGUUUUCACAGGAGUGUGAACAGGGAGACCAAGGUGAAGUUCGUGCACACCUCCGUGCACGGCGUGGCUCACGACUUUGUGCAGUCAGCUUUCAGAGCCUUUGACUUGGCUCCCCCCGUGGCUGUUCCUGAGCAGAAAGAUCCUGAUCCUGAGUUUCCAACAGUGAAAUACCCGAACCCCGAAGAGGGAAAAGGCGUCUUGACUUUAUCUUUUGGUUUGGCUGACAAAACCAAGGCCCAAAUUGUUUUGGCAAAUGACCCAGAUGCUGAUAGACUUGCUGUGGCGGAAAAGCAAGACAGUGGUGAAUGGAGAGUGUUUUCAGGCAAUGAGUUGGGGGCCCUCUUGGGGUGGUGGCUCUUUACCUCUUGGAAAGAAAAGAACCAAGAUCUCAGCGCCCUCAAAGACAUAUACAUGUUGUCUAGCACCGUCUCCUCCAAAAUCUUGCGGGCCAUCGCCUUAAAGGAGGGUUUUCAUUUUGAGGAAACAUUAACUGGCUUUAAGUGGAUGGGAAACAAAGCCAAACAACUAAUAGACCAGGGCAAAAAUGUUCUGUUUGCGUUUGAAGAAGCUAUUGGGUAUAUGUGCUGCCCCUUUGUUCUGGACAAAGAUGGAGUCAGUGCCGCCGUCAUUAGCGCAGAGUUAGCUAGCUUUCUAGCAACCAAGAAUUUGUCUUUGUCUCAGCAGCUGAAGGCCAUCUAUGUUGAGUAUGGCUACCAUAUUACCAAAGCUUCAUAUUUUAUCUGCUAUGAUCAAGGCACCAUUAAAAAGUUAUUUGAAAACCUUAGAAAUUACGACGGGAAGAAUAAGUAUCCAAAAACUUGUGGAAAGUUUGAAAUUUCCAGCAUUAGGGACCUCACAACUGGCUAUGAUGACAGUCAACCUGACAAAAAAGCUGUUCUCCCUACUAGUGAAAGCAGCCAAAUGAUCACCUUUACAUUUGCUAAUGGGGGUGUGGCCACCAUGCGGACCAGCGGGACAGAACCCAAAAUAAAGUACUAUGCAGAACUGUGUGCCCCACCUGGAAACAGUGAUCCUGAGCAGCUGAAGAAAGAAUUGAAUGAACUAGAAGCUAAAAGGAUUAUAAAACCCCUCAUGAUCAUUCCUGGAGGCACUGACUGUGGCUGGGAACUAGAAAGUGAUGCAGCCAUCACUGCUUCUCACAAGCCCACGGCCUUUCCCUAA